AUGUUGAUUUCUUUUAUCUUUAUCAUCAGAGCCAAACUUUUCUGUCAUUGUAACAAGCUGGGGGACCAUGAAAGUGAUUUCCGGGCCAAACAGCGAAUCUGCCAGCUUGCCGAUCAGGCCUCACUGCUGCCAGACGAAACCAAGUGCGAAGAGCCAGACCUUGAGCUGAGUUUGGACGACGUUACAUCCGCUAACGAUGGAGAAGAUCUGGCGGAAACCUUGUGUGACCUGAGCACCAGCUGUGUUAUGCUAGCUCUGACCCCUCACGCCCAAGACCCGGACCAUGAGCCGAUGAAGACCAUCUGCAAACUGGCUGGAUUGAAGAUGAAGACCAAACACAACAUUACCUGCAAGCCCAUCGAGCCAGAGGACAGCCUUAGCGAUGAAGACUCUGAAAGGCAGAGCGGACAAGAACUGAGAGAGAACCAAGACGAUCAGCCCCAAGUCCUGACAUUAAGUAGGACGUAUUACUAUUUUGAUGAUUGUUCAGAGCUUUACGCCGCCCAGACCUGGUUUGGCACCCCUAGAAGCGGCGUGUACACUAUCCGCCCUGUCAGUUCUGGCGCCUUUUCUGUGUACUGUGACAUGACUACAGUUGGGGGUGGGUGGACUGUUAUACAGAGCGGGUUGGCUAGGAGAGAAUUCCAAAUGUGA